AUGUCGUCCGCCGCGAAUGCCUCGACCCCGGACCAGGGCAGCGCUAGAAAUUCCACGGAUGGCAGUUCCAUCUCUGGCAUGGUCUCGACUCUGGCAGUUUGUGCCCCCAUCGCCGGAGUCUACCUCGUCAUCUUCUUGAUUUUGCGCCGUAGCCAGCGCCGAUUCUACGCGCCACGAACCUACCUAGGUAGCCUGCGUGAAAGCGAGCGAACGCCUGGCCUUCCAACGGGUCUUUUCAAUUGGAUCAAGCAUUUCUGGAAAAUCCCCGACGUUUACGCCCUCAAGCACCAGUCGCUCGACGCCUACCUGUUCCUCCGAUUCCUGCGUUUAUGUGCUUCCAUCUGCCUCGUGGGCAUGAUCAUGACCUGGCCAAUCCUGUUUCCCAUCAACGCCACUGGCGGCGGUACCGCUUCGCAGCUCGAUAUUCUUUCGUACGGCAACAUCGAUAUCAACGGCCCCAAUGUCAACCGUCUGUAUGCGCACGCUUUCCUCGGAUGGAUCUUCUACGGCUUCGUCAUGUACCUCAUCAUGCGCGAGUGCAUCUUCUACAUCAACUUGCGCCAGGCUUUCCUCCUUUCGCCCUCGUACGCCAAACGUAUCUCGUCCCGGACUGUUCUCUUCACCUCGGUCCCCGAAGAAUACUUGAACGAAGCAAAGUUCAGGAGCCUUUUCACCGACUCGGUCAAGAGGAUUUGGAUCACUGGCGACACCGAGAAGCUGGAAGAGUUGGUUGAGGAGCGUGACAAGGUUGCCAUGAAGCUCGAGAAAGCACAAGUCAAGCUCAUCAAGCUGGCUAACGCUGCACGUCUCAAAGCUAUCAAGAAGGGUGGUGCCUCUGCCGACGAGACGGCACAGGACGCCGAGACAGCUGACGCUGCUACCCGCUGGAUCCCCGAGAAGAAGCGCCCUACCCACCGACUUGGUCCCCUCGGGCUGGUUGGCAAGAAGGUCGAUACGCUCAACUGGUGCCGAUCUGAGUUGCAACGUCUUAUUCCUGCUGUCGAAGCCGCACAAGCCGACUACCGAUCAGGAAAGACCAAGAAGAUCCCCGCCGUCUUCGUUGAGUUCUUCACCCAGUCCGACGCUCAAGCCGCUUACCAGGUCACUACUCACCACCAGGCUCUCCAGAUGACUCCCAAGUACAUUGGAGUUCAGCCUACUGAGAUCAUUUGGAAGUCUCUGAGGAUUUCUUGGUGGCAACGUGUCAUUCGCCGAUAUGCUGUCGUCGCCUUUAUCGCGGUGCUCAUUAUCUUCUGGGCUAUUCCUGUCACGGCUGUCGGAUUCAUCGCCCAGGUUUCCGAACUUGAGAAGCUCGCCCCUUUCGCGUGGAUCAGCAAGAUCCCCCCCGUCAUUUUGGGUGUCGUCUCAGGUCUCCUCCCCGGUGUUGCUCUGUCCAUCUUGAUGUCGCUGGUUCCAGUCAUCAUGCGACUAUGCGCCAGGUUGGCAGGGGAGCCUUCCAACUCGCGUGUCGAGCUGUUCACCCAGAAUGCCUACUACUGGUUCCAGCUGAUCCAAGUGUUCCUCAUCACCACUAUUUCGCAAUCAGCCCUGGCUGCGGUCCUGCAGUUCCUCGACAACCCGGCCUCCAUCUUCUCGACAUUGUCAGAGGCCCUGCCCAAGUCCUCUAGCUUCUACAUCAGUUACUUCAUUGUCCAGGGUAUCACUCUGGCUGUGAACAUCAUGACUCAAGUUGUCGGGUUCGCCAUUUUCGUCGUGCUUCUCAAGCUUCUUACCAACACGCCGAGAGCUCUUUACAACAAAUGGUCUACUCUGGCGGCCAUCUCAUGGGGUAGUGUUCUGCCUGUCUUCACUACGAUCGCAAUCAUCAGCAUCACCUACGCCAUCAUCGCGCCUCUCAUGCUCUUCUUCUCGACCAUUGGUAUGGGGCUGUUCUACCUUGCGUAUCGCUACAACGUUCUUUUCGUCACCGACUCCAAGAUCGACACUAGAGGUCUCAUUUACCCGCGCGCUUUGAAGCAGUUGUUCGCCGGCGUUUACCUGGCUGAGAUCUGCAUGAUCGGUCUCUUUGCUGUGUCGAAAGCCAUUGGACCCAUUGUCAUCAUGGUCGUCUUCUUCAUUUUCUCCAUUCUCUUCCACCUCACCCUUAACAGCGUUCUGGACCCGCUGAUGUACACUCUUCCUCGCACCCUCCAAGUCGAGGAAGAGUCGCUGCUUGCCAACGCUGGGGACAUUGACCGCAAGGACUCUGGCCGGGGCGUUUCGGAAGAAGAUCAGAAGAACGGUACUUCCAGCAACCCCUUCAAGAAGAUCGCGAACGUCAAGAACUUCACCCCAGGUGGUGAGGAGAACAUGGUGGAGAGGCAAGGCGGGAACAUUAUCACGCGGUUCCUCAAGCCCUGGAUCUUCGCCGACUACAUGCACUUGCGCCAACUCGUGCCCCAGGAUGACACUUCCGUCGAGGAGCUCUACCCCGGCAACAUCCAGGACAACGCUUACUACCCGCCUUCGGUCGCCAGCCUGCCCCCUCUUCUUUGGAUUCCCGAGGACAGGGCUGGUGUUUCCAAGUCUGAGAUUGCGCAGACGAGCAAGGUCAUUCCGAUUACCGACGAGGGCUGCACAUUGGAUGAGAAGAACAAGCUGAUUUGGGAUGCCGAGGGCGCGAGACCUCCCAUCUGGGACGAGAAGAUUUACUACUAA